CGCUAUCACCGCGACAGACAUUUUAACGACUUGUCCACAAGUCUACAUCGUAUUCGUCGCUUCUGUAGAGCACUCACGAGACUAACUCUGCUCGCGUCAACACAAGUCAUCAAAUACCGUGGGAGGCAGACAACAAGCAGACAAGCGGAAAGCGGUUGAGAAUACAAAAAAUUACACGCUGCCUAUUUUUGUUGAUUUGAUCCCGACCAUCUUCGAAGCUAAAGACAUCAACUAUUAUCGCUCAUCAUGAGUAGGUCACUGUAUCUCGCCUUAGCCGUUGUGCUCCUUAUUGUUGGAAUAGCCAUGGCGCAAACAACACCAAUGUCGACACCGGAGCCUGAAACGACACCCGAAGCAAUCACUGCCGCUGACGGAUCGACUGCCGAGCCGGAACCAGAACCGAGCGCUGAACCCACGUCCAUGUCGGAUGCCACCGGAACGCCCACCCCUGUGCCCACUACACCAGGCGGAGCCGGAACACUCACCAUCAGUGCCGUGAUGUUGGUCUUGAACGCGGCACUAGCUCUCCUGGCUUGAGGCAGGAAUCCUGGACAACCGCAUUUGAACAGCGGAUUGACUUUCUUUUA